UGAUGGAGGCACUGGAGAACAUGGCGUUUAUUGCUAAUGCAGUGAGCCUUGUCACCUACUUUAUGGGUUACAUGAACUUCAGCUUGACAAAAUCUGCAAACACAGUUACAAACUUCAUGGGAACCUCUUUCAUAUUAGCAAUCAUAGGAGGAGUCAUCGCUGAUAGCUAUUUGACAAGAUUCACAACCUGUGUCUUGUUUGGAAUCAUAGAAUUGCUGGGAUAUGCGCUGCUGACAGUACAAGCACACUUCGAUCAACUGAGGCCAACUCCUUGCACGGAUGUUUCAAAACAAUGCGAGGCUGCAAAUACCGGCCAAGCAGCAAUUCUUUACACUGGUAUAUACCUGGUGGCGCUAGGAACCAGCGGGGUUAAGGGGGCUUUGCCAUUACUGGGAGCUGACCAGUUCGACAGCAAGGACCCUAAAGAGGCAGCUCAACUUUCAAGCUUUUUCAACUGGUUCGUAUUUAGCAUGACCGGUGGAUCUAUAGCCGGAGUAACUUUUGUUGUAUGGAUAAGUUCUAACAAGGGUUGGGAUUGGGCGUUUGGGGUGUGCACUAUAGCAGUCUUGCUGGCAAUUGUGUUUUUGUGCAUUGGCAAGCCAUUUUAUAGGAAAAAUGCGCCUAAAGGAAGCUCUAUAAUUCGUAUCAUACAGGUAUUAGUCUCUGCCAUCCGCAACCGAGAUCUUCCAUUACCAAAGAAGGAAGAUGAAUUAUAUGAGAUUUAUGACAAAGGGACAGUUGUGAUGCCCAAUGAAAUUCUUCAGAGAACCAAUCAAUUUAGGUUUUUGGAUCGAGCAGCAGUUCAUAUUACCUCUCGGGGUGCAUCACCAAUAAUGACUCCAGGACCCUGGAGGCUUAAUACAGUGACCCAAGUUGAAGAAACAAAGAUUCUACUUCGCAUGCUCCCAAUUGUACUUAGUACUGUUUUCAUAAAUACUUGUUUGGCUCAACUCCAAACUUUCUCCGUACGACAAAGCAUGACCAUGGAUACUCGUAUCUUUGGUUUUAAGAUCCCCGCUGCCUCCCUCCCUGUCAUACCUAUGGUGUUUAACUUCAUUUUUAUUCCAAUUUAUGACCGCAUUUUUGUUCCACUUGCCCGAAAAGUAACAGGAAUUCCAACAGGAAUCCGAUAUCUUCAGCGAGUUGGAGUUGGAUUGGUGCUGUCAACCAUUUCCAUGGCAAUUUCUGCACUCAUGGAAACCCGGCGUAAAUCUGUGGCUGUUAAAAACAACAUGGUAGAUUCUAACGACCCUCUGCCAAUGAGCGUGUUUUGGCUUGGAUUCCAAUAUGCUGUAUUUGGAUUGGCUGAUAUGUUCACAUUGGUCGGGCUGCUAGAGUUCUACCAUGCGGAGAGCUCAGCUAGAAUGAAGGGAACAAGCACAGCCAUCUCAUGGUUUUCACUCGCAUUUGGGUACUUUAUAAGCUCACUAGUGGUGGAGGUGGUAAACAGGGCCAGCGGGGGUUGGUUGGCUUCUAGCAACGUGAACAGAGACAAGUUGAACUACUUCUACUGGUUAUUAUCAACGUUGAGUGCUGUUAACUUUGUUAUUUAUUUGGUGUGUGCAUCUUGGUACAAAUAUAAGAACGUGAAAAUGAAGCAAGAAAAUUUUACUGAUGGUAAUGCUGAACGCUAAGAGAAAGCUUAGAGAUGAGAGUUUAUGAUCGUUAUGUCCACAGAUAUUUCCUGCUGCAGUUGUGCCUAUAUUGAUGUUUUAAGCAUCUGUAACGAGUACAAGCGAUUUACAUGAAUAAAAUCAAUGUUUUCGAUGUUGAUUAAGAC